AUGGCCGAAGCUGCAGCACACAACUUUCCCCCCGUCUCUAGCGAGGUCGUCAACUUGGCGAUUGCGGAGCUAGUUCUCUAUGGCCUCAUGUUCCCUUCCGCAGUAUGGAUCACCUGGAAGCACGGAAAGAAGGGCAUGGUAUGCUGGCCUAUCUUUGUCUCUCACUUCGGAAUGAGAUUCAUUGCCGAUAUCUACCAAGUCAUCAAACGAGACGAGCCAUUGCUUCCAAACCAGUUCAACAUUAUGACUAGCGCCGGUAGUUUGGCUUGCUUGUCACUGACCUUGAUUGGCAUUGUUUACGAGGCCAACAUCAUCCUGCCCGGAUCACCGAAGCGAUGGACCGAAAAGAUUAUCUUGGGCGUCACCCAUCUCAUGAACACUGCGGGUAUCGGCAUGGCAACCUACGGAGGAUCCCCCAGUCACGAAGGCGGCCUUAUCAACAAUAGCUUGAACCAAAUCGGUAACUGCUUGGAGCUCUUCGUCAUGUUCGCCGUCUGCGCCUGGCUGUGGCCCACCUACAAGAAAAUCCGAUCUUCGUCCAGCCCCAACUGCCGCCCCGCGAUGCUCAUGAUCCGCGCUGCUGUCGUCGGCUUGCCGUUCCAGCUGAUCCACCUGGCUUACACCACGACCUACGCCUUCAACCAGAUCUCCAGCCUCGACCCCAUCAUGGGAUCUUUCGCGACGAAGCUUGUUCUGAUUUUCGGCACAUACCUUGGUGUCACAAUCGCCAUGCUCGCAGGAGGCUGGCUCAGCAUGAGCGCCGACAUGCCCAAGGCCGUGCAGGUAGAACUCACCCCUACCGAUGUCGAAGGCAACAACAAUCUUGUGCGUGACGACAUUCCUUUGACCCGGGACUGGAGCAGGGACGACAUUGCCAGAGCGAAGCAGGGCUUCGUCUAA